CAAGCUUUGAGAGAUGUAUUCAGCUUAUCUGUGAGGCGGUCGUAUCUUUGAUGAUUUGAAUGCUGCACUCCCCUCGCCCUCCUGCUCACAACAUCUACCACUCUACCUGUGUGGAGGCAGCAUUUCUUCACCUGAAGCCCAGGUGAGCUGAGCAGCACACCAAGCAUGGACUCUCUACGCCCGCCACAGACAAUGAAGGAUCCAAACAAAGGCUCAGAAGACAGCGAUGAGGGACGAGAAAAUGAUAGCAAAGAGGUGAAAACGAGCCCGUCUCAGUCAACUCUGGCUCUGGUUGAGGAGGAGCCGGAGGAUGGGGACCCAUGGGACAUGCCAGAGCUGAAGGACACCGGGGUCCCGUGGUCAGCUCUGGACACAAAAGGGAAGGUGUUGCGAGUCUUCUUGUCCAUUGCGAAGUUGAUCAUGCUGCUGAGUUUCCUCUACAUGUUCAUCUGCUCUCUGGACAUCCUCAGCUCAGCUUUCCAGCUUGUUGGAGGAAAAGCCGCAGGUGACAUCUUUCAGGACAACUCAGUUCUGUCCAAUCCUCUCGCCGGUCUUGUCAUUGGUGUUCUGGUCACCCUGCUGGUCCAGAGCUCGUCCACCUCCUCCUCCAUUGUCGUCAGCAUGGUGUCCUCUGGAUUGCUUUCGGUCCAGCUGGCUGUUCCAAUCAUCAUGGGCACCAACAUCGGCACCUCUGUCACCAACACACUGGUUGCCAUGACACAGGCUGGUGAUCGCAGCACCUUUCGCAGGGCUUUUGCAGGAGCCACAGUGCACGACUUCUUUAACUGGCUCUCUGUGCUGGUGCUGCUGCCUCUGGAGGUCGCUUCUGGUUAUCUGUACAAGGUCACCAAGCUCAUCAUCGACUCCUUCCAAAUCCAGAGUGGAGAGGCCCCAGAUCUGUUAAAUGUGAUCACUGACCUGACCGACGCUAUUAUAGAGCUGGAUAAGUCUGUCAUUAGUCAGAUUGCCACCGGAAACCCAGAAGCCAGGAACAAGAGUCUCAUCAAGAAAUGGUGCCAAACCUUCACAAACACAACUGUAAAGAACGUAACAGUUCCUGGACCAGAGAACUGCACAUCUCCGUCAUUCUGCUGGGAAGAUGGCAACGACACAUACACGCUGAAGAACAUUUCAGAGACAUUCAAUAUCCAGAAAUGUACACAUCUCUUUGUGAAUGUAAAGCUCCCUGACCUGGCAGUGGGUCUGAUCCUGCUGGCUCUCUCUCUCUUGGUUCUCUGCUCCUGCCUCAUCCUGAUCGUGAAGCUGCUCAACUCCAUGCUGAAGGGGCAGGUGGCUGGAGUCAUCAAGAAGAUCCUUAACACCGAUUUUCCUUUUCCAUUUGGAUGGGUCACGGGAUACAUCGCCAUCUUUGUUGGAGCUGGAAUGACCUUCAUUGUGCAGAGCAGCUCCGUUUUCACUUCUGCUAUAACCCCGCUUGUUGGUAUUGGUGUCAUCAGCAUAGAAAGAGCGUACCCAUUGUCUUUGGGGUCAAACAUUGGCACGACCACCACAGCAAUCUUGGCAGCCAUGGCUAGUCCUGGAGACACACUGGCUAAUGCUCUACAGAUUGCCCUCGUGCACUUCUUAUUCAACAUCUCCGGCAUCAUUCUGUGGUAUCCGAUCCCUUUCACCCGCAUUCCCAUUCGGCUGGCUAAAGGUCUGGGAAACAUCACAGCCUCCUACCGCUGGUUUGCCGCAGUCUACAUCAUCUGCUGCUUCUUCGUUUUACCGCUCUUUGUCUUCAGCCUCUCGCUGGCUGGUUGGGAGGUGCUGGUGGGCGUGGGUGUACCUCUGAUCGUCAUGUUGAUCAUCAUCAUAGUGAUCAACGUACUGCAGAAAAAGAAGCCCAGGUGUCUGCCCGCAGUGCUGCGAUCCUGGGACUUCCUCCCUCUCUGGGCCCACUCCCUGGCUCCCUGGGACAAAGUGGUGGGUGUGUGCACGGCAAAAUGCUGCUGCUGCUGCAAAUGCUGCCAGGUCACAGCUGAUGACCAAGAACAUAUAGAGAAACAAUCAGCAAACAACAAGAAGAAACCAUCCACAGAGGUGUACGAUAACCCUGCAAUGAGUGCAGAGAAGGAGGUGGAGAAUGAGAUAAAGGUAGAGCUUCAGAUUCUGAAAAACACCCGGCUUUAAAACUUAAUUUAUGAACAUAUAUGUGUGACAAUAUGAAAUGUGUAUUUGCCGGACCAAAGGGGAAACUGAUCAUGUUCAUGUUGGGAAUGGUUGUAUAGGGAAUUUCAAUUCUUAGUGUAUCAGGACAACAACAACAAAAAACAGUUGUGUGAUGUUUAGAAGAAGUGGCCUUUAAAGGAUAAGACGGAUGGUAGACUAAUGUUGUUUUUUAAAUUUAUUGUCAACAAAUCUCAUGGAUAGACCCACACCAACAAUGUGUAAGUCGCUAUCUCUAAACUUUUUAACUUUUCCAUUCUCUGUCUGGUCUAUUUUUUUAUCUCUACACAUUCAGCUCCUGCAAAAGAUGUGACUAAAUCUUUAAACCCACCUGAACACUGCAAUAUUUUAAGAAAAGGCAAAUUAAUUUCCCAAAGGACGCUGAGCACAGCAACUGCCAGACAUCUUUGUUUAAAGCAAAAGAAAAUAGUUUAUUUAUUGGGCACACUUUUUAUCUUUGGAUUAUGACUAUUCUGCUGUGUAUUUAUGGAGGGAGUAAUUCGACCAGCUUAAUAUAAAGUACAUCAUACUUGAGAAAAUGUCCCACUGGCAAUGGUGGGGCUCAUGAAGGAGUUAGUAACAUAGCUGGUAUAAAACAUGGAGGUAGUGUUAGUGAUGUCACCUAUCGGUUUCUGAAGAGGAAUUAUGAAGCCCAAUGAUGGAAAUGCCAUAUUGGAAAUGCUUUGCCCACCUUACUUUCAAUGAAUGUAGAACAUUGGUUCAACCUGGGGUGCGGACUCCUUAGAGGAGGGCGUGAGGCUUUGUCGUCUCUGAGGUUGUAAAAAUAGGAUUUGCACAUAUUAACUAAAAUCAUGAUAACACACACUUACAUGAUAGCUCAAGCAAAGGUCUUUAUCUGAGAACAAGUGCGUGUAGGCCUAUUCUGUCGGGAUUUUAUCUUUUAAUUUUUUAUUUGUUGCACUUCUGAAUUGGCUUCAUUUUCAACACCUGAGGUCAUCACUUAGUUUUAACCACUAGCUGAGUUAGCAGCUCCACCAUGAUGAAAGAGAUUCCUCUGCUCCAGUGUACUAUAACUUAAAGCUAAAAUUAAUCAAUAAUUUGAUUUAAGGUGAUAUUGCCCAUCCCUUAUUUAUUUAAUAAUAUUAUAAUUAUUUAUUUAUUAAACACUGGCUUAUUUAAAGGAAGAAUGUGCAACUUUUUCAUCUCAUUUCAUUUCAUCUCUUUCCACUCACCUUCAUAUGAAUGAGUUAUCAAUUACAACACACCAUAAUUAAAGGCAGGGUUGGUCAUUUUCUAAAACUAGCAUGAUUUUGAAAGUAGCAUUCCCUCAGUGCUCCGUCUGCACCCCCCCCCCCCCCCUCCGUGCUCCUUCAAAGGCCACGCCCUGCACUUACAUGCACCAUUGGUCCAGGAGCGGAGCUCAGCUCAUGCUUUGAGCGUGGGCUUGUGGAGUAGAGAAUGAGCAGGGAGGCGUGAUUGGUUCAUCAAAUUGUUACCUCGUGGCAGACAUUGGUCAAAGUUUUUACAGGCUUACAAACUGCUACAGAUUGUUUUCAGAGCACAUGAGUUAUUAAUGUCUGUCAAUCAAAAUCUUAAAAACUGUAUCUGGAGAUAAUUACCAACCCUGCCUUUAACCACCAUUAACUGCAAGCGACGGACAAAAUUGUCCUGUGACCUGCAUUGUUGUGUUAGCAUGCUAAUGUUAGCACACUUUGGUUAACUCAUAGCUUCAUAUUGAACAUAAAUUGACACAGAAUGGCUGUGAUUUUUUUGAAAGAGGAGGCUGCAUUUUGAAAGCGUGUGCUGUUGGUCUUUAGCUUAUCUUCUAUAUUAUGUUCAUCUGUAAUCUGUUCUGAAGAGGCUCUGGCAUCAACGCACUUGAACUGCACAAAGAGUCCGAUCUGCUGACACGUUUUUUUUUUUUUUUAUCUUUUGAAGAAAAGAAUGGACAGACUCUCACGUUGUUUCCACAUUUCUAUCAGGUGUCGUUUUGUGAAUUUUUACAGGGGACACGUUUCUGUGUAUAAAAGACAGUAAUCCAUAAAGCAUCGUUUUAAGGUGUACAAAAUAUUUUGUAAUUCAGAAGGAUAAUUGUAUUCAAGGAAUAUAAUUUAAAAUGAGAUGACUGUGCAUCUAACUUAAUGUUUUUAACUUGUAUAUUAUGUCUCAGAAAUACAUGAAUAAUUUCAAAAUAAAAGACUGAAAAUGGUG